AUGUUCCACCACAUGCACGGCCCAUGCCACCACACUUUGCCACAUGUCUCCGUGCAACCCUUUGCCCACAUGCCCCUUGCCUCCGUGCAACCCUUUGCCUACGUGCAACCCUUUGCCUCCGUGCAACCCCUUGCCUCCGUGCAACCCCUUGCCUCCGUGCAACCCUUUGCCUCCGUGCAACCCCUUGCCUCCGUGCAACCCUUUGCCUCCGUGCAACCCCUUGCCUCCGUGCAACCCCUUGCCUCCGUGCAACCCCUUGCCUCCGUGCAACCCCUUGCCUCCGUGCAACCCCUUGCCUCCGUGCAACCCCUUGCCUCCGUGCAACCCUUUGCCUCCGUGCAACCCCUUGCCUCCGUGCAACCCCUUGCCUCCGUGCAACCCUUUGCCUCCCCGCAGCGCCUCUUUGACCCGCUGCUGAGCCACCGCCGCUUCUGCCCGUGGGUGAACGCCCUCGCCGCCUCCCACCGCCUCAAAGCCCUCGCUGCCCCCGCCCAGGACCUCAGCCUGUCUGCCUCGCCCCAUGCCCACCGUCUCCCUGCCGUGCCCCCCUCGCACGGCGCCGGCCCUGAGGCGGUGGAGGGGGGAGCGCCCGGAUGGCAGCAGUGCCUGGCCGCGCUGCACCACGUGCUGCCCGCCGCCGCUGCCCCCGCUCACAGACCGCUGCACUCCGCUGCCCACAGGGCUGCUGAGGGGCCCGACAGGGCGGUUGAAGGGGCGGCGGACUGGCUGCCUGGAGGAAUGGACGCACACGACUCGGUGGCAUCCUUCAAGGGUGACACGGUCUCAUCUGUUCGAAGACUCUUCCAAGGCCGGCGUUCCUCGUCCUUUGUCUCUCGCACGCAUCACUCCCCUCAGUAG